ACCGUUGACCCAGCCUCAUCAGUGGCCCCUGGAAGCGAAGUCAGGGCUGGAAGAGGCCUUCGGGGGUCACCUAGGGUCCGACCGGUCGUUUUUCUAAUGGGGAAAGCGAGGCCCCCGGGAGGGGCCUCACUGAGAUAAUAGCAAUGUCUAUCGCCUCCGUCCUUCCCCAUACACGUGUGGCUUCUCCUCAGACACACGUCAUUUGCUCGGAAAAGCCUUCCCUAACUGUUCCGCAGAAGGGCAUUCUCUCUUAAUCUCUCCCAUGCCAACCUGCUUCAUUUCCUCCGUAGCACUUAACCACUCUCUGAAACUGUUUGCUUCGGCCUUCCCCAGCCAAGGAUUUAUUGUAUAUGUAUAUGUGUACAGUUGUACAGGCAGUAUUUCUCCAGGGUCAAAAUGAGUCUGUUUGGAACAACCUCAGGUUUUGGAACUGGUGGGACCAGCAUGUUUGGCAGCACAACCACAGAUAAUCACAACCCUAUGAAGGAUAUUGAAGUAACAUCUUCUCCUGAUGAUAGCAUUGGUUGUCUAUCUUUUAGCCCACCAACCUUGCCGGGGAACUUUCUUAUUGCAGGAUCAUGGGCUAAUGAUGUUCGCUGCUGGGAAGUUCAAGACAAUGGACAAACCAUCCCGAAAGCCCAGCAGAUGCACACCGGGCCCGUGCUAGAUGUCUGCUGGAGUGACGAUGGGAGCAAAGUAUUUACUGCAUCAUGUGAUAAAACUGCCAAAAUGUGGGACCUCAACAGUAAUCAAGCAAUCCAGAUCGCACAGCAUGAUGCUCCUGUUAAAACCAUACAUUGGAUCAAAGCUCCAAACUACAGCUGUGUGAUGACAGGGAGCUGGGAUAAGACUUUAAAGUUUUGGGAUACUCGGUCAUCAAAUCCUAUGAUGGUUUUGCAACUCCCUGAAAGGUGUUACUGUGCUGAUGUGAUAUACCCUAUGGCCGUGGUGGCGACUGCAGAGAGGGGCCUCAUUGUUUAUCAAUUAGAGAAUCAACCCUCUGAGUUCAGGAGGAUAGAAUCUCCAUUGAAACAUCAGCAUCGAUGUGUAGCUAUUUUUAAAGACAAACAGAACAAGCCAACUGGUUUUGCCCUGGGAAGUAUCGAGGGGAGAGUUGCUAUUCACUACAUCAACCCCCCAAAUCCUGCUAAAGAUAACUUUACUUUUAAAUGUCAUCGAUCUAACGGAACCAACACUUCAGCUCCUCAGGACAUCUACGCGGUAAAUGGAAUCGCAUUCCAUCCUGUUCACGGCACCCUUGCAACUGUGGGAUCUGAUGGCAGAUUCAGCUUCUGGGACAAAGAUGCCAGAACAAAACUAAAAACUUCAGAACAGUUAGAUCAACCGAUAUCGGCUUGCUGCUUCAAUCACAAUGGAAACAUAUUUGCGUAUGCUUCCAGCUAUGACUGGUCAAAGGGACAUGAGUUUUAUAAUCCCCAAAAGAAAAAUUACAUUUUCCUACGUAAUGCAGCAGAAGAGCUAAAACCCAGGAAUAAGAAGUAGCAGCCUGAGACUUCUGGGUUGUCCAGAGUCAUUCUCUCGCCACUCUGCCUCGUCUCUGUACGAAUUUGAUCCCAGCUGUGGGUUGUCAGCCGCGGACGUGGAUUUCAACCCCUGGAGAAAACCAUGUCAUUGUUGAGCAGUCGAGAGCCCAGCUGUCCACGGCGACUUGCCGUCUCUCCAUUCCACUGCCUGUUGCAGAGUUUUUCUGUAACUCUGAGGGGAUUGAAAUUAUUAUAGAAGUUAGAUUUUUGAGGGCGAUGCCAGGUAUUUUGCAGUGCUUCAUUCAGCAGUGUAUGUACUAGAGAAUAUUGGAAAACAGUCUAUGAACCCUGUACUGUAUUUUGUAAUAAAAUAUUUUGAAGAUUGCCUACUGAGCUUCCUUUUCCUUCUCUCCCUUGCCCCACCCAGUAAUCUCAGAAGUGGUCAUCCUGCCUGGCAUCAGCAUUGGGUUUUGAAUUAUGAUUUCAGACACCCUUUGGGAAAUGCAGAAAUCUUGUACAUUAGGAGAAAGGGAAUCCUGAGGUUCAAUUAUUUCUGCCACAUGGAGCCCUCUAAGCAUUGGCAGGCAGAGUUUGUGUUCUUCCUUUACUUCCUUCAUUUCCUUCUUCAACAUCCCCUGUGCUUUCCGGCUCUGCUGUGCAGACUUCCUAGUGACUCUGAAGUGGGGACUGUUCAUUGUGCUGAGUGUAGGCCUGCCUUGCAAGGCCCAAGUGGGUGAUACUUGUGUGUCUUUCAGGGUAGAACCCAGGUCCUCUGCAUGGGAAUUGCUCUGAACAUGUGCCCCCAGUAGUGAUCAUUUGGGUGUUGCUUUUUAUUUCAUAGUAAUUUAAAAUUCCUGAUUGGUAAGUAUUCAAAAUGAAAUUCAACUUAAUGUGUGACUUUUGAGUCUAUUGUAUUUUUACCCUGUGAUCCCAAAUGCUUCUUACGCCUUAUUGUUUGGGGCUUGUAUGUGAACUCUGACUUGCCGAGUGUGAAGUCCUGGCAUUACUGCUGUAAGAUGUGUUUGCUCGUAGAAAGCAAUGAAAUAAAAUUUUUUUU